UACUUCUCUUCUUACUGUACAGAUGAGUGGUCAGGAGGUGACUUAUUCAACCCUGAGAUUUCUUCAGUCUUCUCCAGAGUCACAGAAUACAUUAAGGACUGAUGCUACUCAAAAGCCUAGAAAAGCUGAUGGUAAAGAAUUUUCAGUGCCCUGGCAUCUCAUUACCAUGACUCUUGGGAUGCUGUGUUUACUUCUGUUGAUAACAAUCACAGUGUUGGUGAUAAAAAAAAAACAUGAGCAAGAAUUUCUAGAAAACCUCCAACAAAAGUACCUCAUUCUGCAAGUGGACAACAACUUAAAGGAGCAACUUUUGAAAAAUAAGUCUUUAGAAUGUGAUACCCUCAAAAACACAAGCUGUCAGCCUAAAAUGAAACUGGAGUCAUUCUGCACAGAAAAGACCAGAUAUUGUGGGAAAAAUAAGGAUGCUCCAAAAUCUUUGGAAAAUACGAAAGGCAAACUCUGUGGCCACUGGUCCUGUCUUGGAGUAAAAUGUUAUUAUUUUGUCAAGGAAUUUAAAGACUGGAAGGGCUGUAAGCAGAUGUGCCAAAGUCAUAGAUCAUCCCUUUUGAAGAUAGAUGACUACGAUGAACUGGUAUGUGGAGAUAUUUACUGGAUUGGAUUAUCAUAUAAUGGAGGGGAAGGAAAAUGGAAAUGGACUGACAAUGGCACUUCUGGAAUUGAUACUAAAGUCAUGGGUAUGUCCCCUAAGGGAGGAGAAUGUGCAUUUUUAACUACAACAAGAAUAGAGCAUAUUGAUUGCUCAAAAACCUUCUAUUGUAUCUGUGAAAGAAGAAUGGACAGGACUUAGUUCACUAUGGAAAUAGAGAGUGAUGGACUGGAAGAAAACGAUGUACUUAUGGACUAU